GCGCCGCGCCGCGCCGGCGCCGGGCGGCAGGAUGGGCUGUAUCCAAAGCAUCACCUGCAAGGCGCGGAUCCGGCGCGAGAACAUCGUGGUGUACGAUGUAUGCGCCACCAUCGACCAGUGCCCCACGCGCAUCGAGGAGACCUCGCCCAUCGUCUUGCGCUACAAGACCCCCUACUUCAAAGCCUCGGCCCGUGUGGUCAUGCCCCCCAUCCCCCGCCACGAGACCUGGGUGGUAGGCUGGAUCCAGGCGUGCAACCAGAUGGAGUUCUUCAACACCUACAGCGACCUGGGCAUGUCAAGCUGGGAACUGCCUGACUUGAGGGAAGGGAGAGUUAAAGCCAUCAGUGACUCAGAUGGGGUGAGCUACCCUUGGUACGGAAACACCACAGAAACUGUGACCCUAGUUGGCCCCACCAACAAGAUCUCCAGGUUCUCCGUCAGCAUGAAUGACAACUUCUACCCCAGUGUAACAUGGGCAGUGCCAGUGAGUGACAGCAAUGUGCCACUGCUCACGAGAAUCAAGAGGGACCAAAGUUUCACUACCUGGCUUGUGGCCAUGAACACCACCACCAAGGAGAAGAUCAUUCUGCAGACCAUCAAGUGGAGGAUGAGGGUGGACAUUGAAGUGGACCCUCUUCAGCUGUUGGGACAGCGGGCCCGGCUGGUGGGCAGGACUCAGCAGGAGCAGCCCCGGAUCUUGAGCCGGAUGGAACCCAUCCCCCCUAAUGCACUAGUGAAGCCCAAUGCUAACGAUGCCCAGGUCCUCAUGUGGAGGCCCAAGCGGGGACCACCUCUGGUUGUAAUACCUCCUAAAUAGAAGCAGACUGGCCAACUGUGUGUGGAGCACAUGCCACUGAGACACGCAGUGAGGUUGCCAGAGGUGGCAGGAGCCAAACUGAGUUUCUGAGCCAAAGCAGACCUCUUGGUUUGCCAGCCUUUGCAGCUACUGGAGGAGAGUAGAGCUGCUUCUUGGGUGGUAGGACCGUUAUCCUUAGGAAAAGCCCCUUCCUCUUAGGAAUAAAGACCACUGAUUUGACAGACUUGCUGUGAUGACCAUGCAAGUAGCCAUAUUUUGGAGCUGUCCAGGAUGAUUCUUUUAUUUGAACUAUUGACCAUUUCUUUCCUGUUAGAUGCAGGGGAUGGAAAUGAAACUAAACAGUGCCUGUGGCAAAUGCUGCUUCCCAACCAAUUAGAAGUGGGAGUGAAAACAUCCACACCAGGUGUUUGUCUCCUGCUAGGACAAGGCAAGCCCAGCAAGCAGAACCAAUGACAGAGACUGAGGAGGAAAUGCACAGUGGCUGGUGGCUCCAGAAGCUGAUUCCCUGGGACAGUUGGUUUCCUGUCUAAAAGUGCCAUCACGCCUGUCUUCUCACCACCUUCCUGUCCCAUGACCAGAAUCUCCUCCCCCACCUUCACGUGCCAGAGCACACUGGCUGGUGGGCUCGUGGGGAGUUAUGUUGAAGUGGGAGUUGUGCCUGCAGUAUCUUUUUCGUGUGUGGAGAGAUUGGGUUCACCCAGACCUCUAGCCCAUCCCAACCCUCAAGGGAAGCCUCUCAAAGACAAAGCUGCAUCGGCCUGGGCUGCAGACACCAAACAUGGCCCAGUCUCGGUUUCCAAACCUGCCUCCCCACCCCACCCUCUUGGGUGGGAAACAGAGGGGAUGUGGUUCUUCCCUUUCUCCUCUUUUCUCCACAUGGAUGGUCAGUGUUCAUUUUCUGAAGUUUCUAUAAGGUCCAUGGGAGGCCAUUGUUUGCCCUGCCAUGACGUUGCUGGGUGCCUUCAGGAAACCAUAGGCAGAGUUUGUGUUACCAGAUCCAUAGAGUGAAGGAAGAACUACUGCAAAAUGGUGUGCAUUGUUUUACUAAUUGAUUGAUUGAUUGAUUGAUUUGCAUAUUCACCGAUUUAUUUAUAUAUGGGAUAUGUAUUUAUUAUACAUCAGAAAAUUCAUUUCCAUCUUUGAAGCAUCAGUCCUGAAUUUGUCUUUGUGGCUCCCAUAGAGCACAGUGAAUACGACUAUCUGAAGCCACAGAAAAGACAGAGGAAAUUCUCUCCCUGUGCCCAAAUACCUCCCUCUCCCCAGCCAGAUUUUCAACCAGAAACAGGAUUAGAAACCACCAGCUAGCAAGCUAUAAAGCCACGCAAAUCAGCACAAGCUCAACCUUUUAGACAAUUCACAGAAUCCCCCCACCCACUGCCCCUUACAUUGUGCUCCCUCUCCCCUCCGUCCUGACCUCACGUGAGGCUGGCCAGCUGACUCCAUGCUGACCAUUGAGUUAGGCCUCUCACUCGGCUCUGGUGCAAUGUGCCCAACACCUGAUGCACAUUGGAAUCCUGUGGGGAGCUUGAAACACCAGGCAUGGUUUUCUCCCCAAGACAACAAUGGCAGAAUCGAUAAGGGUAGAAGCUGAGGCUGCAGGGUUUUCAGUGAUCCAGGGGAUUCCCAUGUGAAACUGUGGUGAGGAAGAACGUACAGUGUCUUCUCCACCCCUGCUCCCCCUCCAGCUCUCUUUCUCCAUUAGCUCUCAAGCUUCCUCCGGAGUUCCUUCCCAUUCCUGCAGCUCUUCUUCCUCCUCACUGGACCUUCCCCCACCAGCCUGGGCAGGUCCUGAGGAGGUGGCAGGUCCCCAGAGUCCCAUCUGAGCUUGGUGCCUGCCCAGGUUCUGACUUUCCAGCAACCGAGGCUUUUCCUUGCGCAGGUCCACUCUCCACCUGCACCUUCUCAACUAGCCCGAGCUCCAAGAGGGCAAAGGGCACAUUCUUGACAUGCAUGUCUCCACAGCCCACUUCCUGGUAGGACUCGUGCCCAUCUUUAUAACCCAACAGUUAGCUGUUCCUGCAGAGCUGCUGAGUUAACUGAGGGUCCCCUAGGAAUAGGAAGGAGUCACCUUGUCCCCCAGGCCAGUCCUUUGCCAGACAACCUGAGAGCAACCCUUAAGCAAACAGACUCUAGAUGACGGAGAGACUCCUCAUCUCUCACAUUUAUGAGAUCUUCGCUGCUGAGGACGACUGAGUGUGUGAGCAUGUGGAUGUGUGCACACGUGAGUGCACUAUAUAUCAACCACCCACAUCUCUGGGGACUCUGGACUGCAAUUUUACAGUAAUGACCUACCUGGUGUCUUUCAUUCAGUGAAGUGUCACUGGCAUGGCACUCAUCAUGGGCCCAAGUAAAUUCCAUAGCCGUUAUAAACACAGAAAAAAAAUUGCUGGUCAUAUCCAUUACAGGGAGAGAGCAAGCGAGCACAGGGAAGUCUGUAACAUGGGGGCAGUUCAUUUCUCCUAUCUCAUCUCCCCCACUCUGAGCAAUUUCCCAGAGCAAGUGCGUUCAGCGCCCUCUCAGCUGCCCAGCCGUCCUCUCCUGAAUUCAUAGCACCAUGCCUUCUCUCCAUUAGUCAGAAGGACCCUGUCCCCAGUCUCUUCUCCCAGAUCCUGCUCUGUGAUGGGCGCCAGCUCAGUCAGUGGGUGCUAAAGAGUUGAGCGUUACACUUCCCAGGUGACCUCUAUGUGUCGAUUGGGACUACAGAUAAUGCCUUAAUCAGAAAAAGUGGCGCUAAUGGUGGGAAUUUCAGGCGCAGUAUGAGAAUUACCUUUUGUGUUUAAAUCAGCUGGCAUUUUAGAAUCUCACCCCCAAGACAUGCCUAUCUUCAGGAUCACCCUUCAUAAAUACAUGAGCACAAGCAAGCACAUUUACCGACACACAUGCUCCAUCAUUUUGAGAUACCUCCCUUGCAUUGGCCCUAUCUUUAAAAAUGGAAAAAGUAUUUUAAAAAAAAAAAUCAGCUAAAUUAAUUUAAACCUCAUUGGGAAAUGCAGCCUAUUUUUUCAUCGGCCACCAGCCAUCUGGUCCACCCCACCCUGUCCCAUUUCCCUCCUGCUCUUCUCGUUUCUGCUUCUGCUGUAUCAGUUAAUUCGUGUGUACGUGGCCUCUGCUGUCUUCUUACCUUCCCCCAAGUAUGCCCCCUCCCCGCCCUUGGAACUGUGCUGUUUUCCAGUGUCGUCGGGGACAGAAGCGCAGGUUAAGAGCAUGAGCAUGUGUGUGUCGCUGAAGACAAAGAAGCCAGGUAUUCUGCUGCAGUUUGAAGAAAAACUCAAUGAAGGAAGAGACGAAAGCUGGCUCUGCAGAGUGCCUUAAAAAUGACUUUCAUUAGGAAAUUCUGAGUCGUCAGUCUUUGGAUGUUACAUAAACUUAAACGGAUGUUGCAUUUCACUUCUCUGGGAUUAAAAAAAAAGUGUUAAAAUACAGUAUGUAUUCAACAAUGACA